GUAAAAGUCCCUUAACCCACAUUGGCCAGCUUGGGUCCUUGAUACCAAUCAAUCCCUUCUUCUUUCCUGCCUGCCAUUGCCAACUUUGUCCGCGCAAUUUAAGUUUGCCAAAGUCGCAAGACCUACCUAUACCUGUUUUUUUUUUUUUUUUAAUUUCAUCUCAACUUCGCCGUCCUUUUUAGCCACCGACAAUUAUCAAAGUUUUUUGAAGGUUCUUUGUUAUUAUAUGCGACAGUAUGGAAGCUUUGCAGCUGGCACAGAUGCUGGCUGAUCUCAACGAUCUCCAAGCUGCUCAAGAUCAAACCGCCGCAAAAAACUUGGUGAGCGUUAACAGAACGCUCGACCGAAAGGAACACCUACAACAGCAACAGCCCCGAAGCGUCCCCGAUGGAAGCAGGGUCACUUCCCCAGCUGGUCGUAUGACGGACAAGUUUGGCCGUCGCAUGCUUACACCACCAUUGACACGAACGAACUCUGCAUCUCCAUCUUUGCCUGGCAGUCCUCUUGGGGGAGAGCGACCGGAAACCGAUAUCGACAGAGCCUCUACGCUACUAUCCCUAUACCAGAUUCGCGCCAAAUUGAAAGAGCAAGAUAACAGCGGCUUGAUCAAGGCGCGCGAGAAGAUCAACGCCCUCGCUGCGAAACAGCAAGCCCAGGUGGCCGCUGAACACAAGCGAGAGCGGAAAGAGAUCAACCGACUAAGCUACCCAAAGUGAAGACAGCACGGCACAGCUCGACUAUUAUCUAGAUACCCCCCGGGAUGCUUUAAUGACCAAUUGCAUCAUGAUUAAUUAUAUCAUUGGCGUUACAUAAGGGAAACUAGCGGGCGAUGGGAAGCGGACAAGAAAAACACACACAGACGAGCGAUGGGUGCUCCUGGGAUUAAAAACGGCGUAUGAACUGGCUGAACAGCACUACUAUUGACAGAGUGGCGCAUUGACGACUUUUUUUUUUUUUU